AAAAUAAUAUCCAGAAAUAGAAGGAAGGCAUGAUCCUAAGCAGAUUCACUCAUCUCUCCCACCCGAACUUCAUUCUCCAUGAAUCUCGAUUAACUCAAUCUCCUCGUAUCUCCAAAAUUCAGUGCUCAAACACAUCAUCAUCAUCAUCGUCAUCAUGUGGUGUAACGUUUCGCCAUCUGCUCCACCAGUCCGCCUUCCCUCUCGCCGCCUCACUCACUCUUCUCCUCUCCCCCUCUCCCGCUUCAGCAGGGCUAAUGUCGGGAUUCCCCGGCAUAGAAUCAGUCCCUGGUCCCGAAUUGCCUCAAAUCGACUUCCUUAAUCGCUUCAACGAAGCAAACCAGAAGAUGUACGCAGAAAACGAUGCCAGAUUCAAGGAAUCUCCUUUGCUCAAGAAGUUGCUUGAGAAGUCCAAGCAGAACAAAGAGAAGAAUGAAAGAGAGGUGCAAGACAAGUACUGCUUAAGAGGAGCCGAGUGGGGAGUUGGGGAUUGCUCAACAGCUGGGAUGACAGAGGAGGAGAAGGAGAAGUUCAUCGCCAUGUUGAAAGAGAAGGCCGCCGCUCCAAAAUGAAUCUAACCAUCAAAUCAUUCAUAUACAUAUAUGUAUGCAAACAUUGAUCGAAACCAUAUAGAUAAUGAAUGUUUCUUUAAGUUCUUGCUUAGCCAA